CUACUUUCCGUCCAAUAAAGGUUUCCGUAACAAAUAUUGACGCCUCAGUAAUGGUGGACACGGAGAAGAUGGGAAGCCGUUUUCUGCUUCUGUUUGUGAUAAUAUGUCAAUUAACGACAUUAUUAGAAGCUAGAUAUCCGGUUGUACUAGUUCCUGGUGAUGGUGGAAGUCAGUUUAUGGCCAAGCUGAACAAAUCAACAGGACCACAUGAAUUCUGCCAACAGAAGACAUCAUAUUACUUUAACUUGUGGCUCAACUUGGAGGAAUUGGCCCCAUAUGUCAUAGAUUGUUUUGUCGAUAAUAUGAAACUUCAUUAUAAUUCAACUUCACACACAACAAGCAAUACCCCUGGUGUGGACAUCGUUAUCCCUGGUUUUGGGAACACGUCUAGUGUAGAAUGGCUUGACCCUGAUUAUUAUGUGCACUUCUCAUCCACAUCUUACUUCGCCCCUAUUGUGGAAGCCCUGGUAAAAUGGGGAUACAAGCGAGGAGAGAGCGUCCGCGGAGCACCAUAUGACUUCAGGAAGGCACCAAAUGAAUUUGAUGUUUUCUACAAAAAUCUGACGUCUUUGGUUGAGGACACAUAUGUCAGGAACAACAACACAAAGGUCAUCCUCAUAGCCCACAGCAUGGGGAACCCCACCACUCUGUACUUCCUCAACCACAGGCCUCAGGUGUGGAAGGACAAGUACCUGCACUGCCUCAUCACCAUCUCAGGGGUGUGGGGAGGAGCCGUCAAACCACUCCGCCUCUUCUCUGCUGGUGACAACUUGAAUGUUCCCUUUGUCGAGGGCAUCAAUGUUAGAGAAGAGCAAAGGUCCAUGCCAAGUUCUGCCUUCCUCAUGCCAUCGGAGAAAUUCUGGGCAGCGAAUGAAGUGCUGGUCUCCCAGCCGAAGAGGAACUAUACAGUCAAGGACUACAAGGCAUUCUUCACAGAUCUGGGCAUUCCAAAUGCAUACCUCAUGCGCCAGGACACAGAGAAUCUUGUGAAAGACCUCAUUCCCCCUGGGGUGGAAAUCCACUGUCUUCAUGGAGUCCAGGUUCCAACACCAUUGCAGUUUAUAUUUAAAGAGGGAAUGUGGCCUGACAAGCAGCCUAAAGUGGUCACUGGGAACGGGGAUGGCACUGUCAACAUCCGAAGCUUGCAUGGAUGCCUCUCUUGGCAAGGAAAACAGAAACAGAAGAUUUACCAUAAAGAGUUCCCCAAGGCAGAACACACAGAAAUUCUCUCCAAUAAAGAUGUCUUAGCUUACAUUAAAACAGUUGUCAAUAGCUAAUGCAUCAAAAGGUUAGUCUUUUUUUAAAUAGGAAAUGAAAGGUACUGAAUGGGUAAUGAAAUGAGUAUUGGUUAUAUUUUAUAUGUAAAUGAUAAAAUAUCUCGGUGUGAUUUGAUUACAAUUUCUUUUGAACUGGGAAAUAUGUAUUUGUUUGAAUAUGUGCAAAUCAAGAGAAGCUUUUGAUGUUAAGUUUUGUUUUUAACCCUUAUGCGACACUGUGAGGUGAAACUCCCAGAUCAGUACCGGUAAACAGUGACGAAUUUGAGGACGAAGAGAAUUUUAUAGUUUGUUAGAAUAUAUAUGCACAGUGACCUCUUCAGUACUGAGAAUAUACUCUGAUUCUUGCAUUUGGUACAAGGCUAGUCACACUAAACUAUCAGGUAUCUACACAGCCACUAGUUGGCCUCAUGUUGCCUACCCUAUAGAUGAUUGUCUGAUAUAUGAUCAUGAAACAGGUAUAGCUGAUAUAUUUUCCACACUUCUGAAAGUGAUAAUGAAAAAUGUUAAUGCAUAAUCACAGUCAUUCCAAGAGCAUCCUAUCAAUGCAUAAUGCCCUAACUGAGACUAGGAAUGUAUUGCGAUAUUGACGUACAUGUAUCGAUACAUUUUUAAUGUUGAUACUGUACCGAUACAAAUUUAUAAAUAUUACUUCUAAAUUAAUAAUUCACUGCCACAGAAACAUUUACAUUUAUUAAAAUAACCAUGGUAUAAAGAUGGACUAGCAGAAGGCAGAAAAUCGUCUGAGUUCAAUUUAAUUUUAUACUGAUUAAUUGCAGGUCUUCAUGGGUAAUUUUUGUCUAUACACAGAAUAAAUUAAUCUCAUUAUUAAUUGAUGCAUUGAUACUAAAAUUUCCAAUCAGCAACACCUCUAACUGUGUCUGUGUCAUGUCAGUACCGAGGUGUUUGUAGAUUAUUUCUGUACUUAUUGAUAUACAGUUUGACACUUUUUAUCCUUGUUUGGUCGGGCUAUUUAGUUUCAUGUUAAACUUGUUAAGGCCACACAUUUUUUAUUUUUCGUUUCACAGGCCCCCUACCCCUACAGAAAAGCAGGUGCAAAAGAAAUGAUUUAAUCAUAAAAGAUUUAUGUUUAUUAUAUAUCCCGCUAGUAAUAUGGACCCUCUUAUACAAUAUAAAAUGUUAUACGGUAUGUAAAGUCCAUGUCUACAUCACCAUCAAUGAUUCAAGAAGCCAGCCAGUUUUAUCGCCACGGCAGAAAGAAUUUCAUAAAAUAAAUAUAUUAUUGACAAUGCUAUUUAUUUUUAUUUUUAUUUCGACCAACCUUUUGUGGAAAAGCUGGAAUAAAUCUGUGAAACUUUAAAUUAAUCAAGUGUGACCUAAUGAAAGAAUUCAGUUUGACCAAGCUAAAAAUAUCUUGUUUUUAAUUUGAGCAAGUUGACUUGGAAAAUGGGUAGAUUUCAGAACGAAAAUACCUUUUCAGUUUUGAUUACUUUGCACUGAGUAUGGCAAUAGGUUUUUGCCACUUGUGUGUUUGCAAUUAUGUUUAUUGACCAUGUAGUGCUCAGCCUGUUAACUUAUCGUAAAAAAGCCAUUUAGCUGUCUCUGUUUUAGCACACUAGAGAACAUGGGUAUACUGUAAUAUGAUAUUAUUGUAUCGUUUUGAAAGAAGAAAUUAAUGUUUUACAUCCAUCAUGUCCAUAUUACUAAUGAAAACAAUAAUGUCUGAAUUAAUGUCAGUAUGUAUAAGCGUCUUUAAUUUAUUUUUGCAGAAAUUUAUGUGAAGCGAUCUCUUGUGAUAAUUCUGAUGUUCAUGAGUGUCUUGUCCUAAUUUAUGCACAGAUGUGAAACAUCAUGCUUCUGUGUCACAUACUCAUUCCAUCAUGUGUGAUUCUGUGUAGAAAGUGACAGCUAAUAUGUAUGUUAGAUAGUUUGAUGUGUAUAUACAGAUAUCCUCAUUUCACUGUGG